UCUACUUCCAUUGUUUUGCAACCACAGUCGUAACAAUAACAGUGCAAUGUUGUGUUUUUCAAUACACAUGACACAUGAUUGGCUAUCGUAUCAAUUAUCACGAAAAAUCAACGUUAAUUCGAGCUACUAGGUAGUACUAUAUAUCAGAUGGUUUAUGUAGCACAAAUCAGUUUUACUCACUCAAAGUCAAUGGAACUGCACAUUGACUAAAUAUGUGCAGCGCUCUCCUGAGCACCUAAAUGCUACGAUUGAAGUGGACAAAACAACACUAGAGAACCAAACGAAACAGAUCAACACCCUUUCGGUAGAACCGUCAACUGUCUCAACAAAUUCGCUUAGCUACUAGAACUGCUUCGAGCGAGAUUGAUCACAAUGCAAAUGCAACCAGCACCAGAGAAGCCGUUCGUAGUGAUCACCGAACAACCGCGAUCGAACGCGCUCCGUUUCCGAUACGAAUGCGAAGGUCGAUCGGCGGGUUCGAUUCCAGGCGUAAAUAGCACACCGGAGUCGAAGACGUUCCCUACCAUCGCGGUUCGUGGCUACAAAGGUCGAGCUGUUGUGGUGGUGUCGUGUGUUACCAAGGAUGCACCCUAUCGACCCCAUCCACACAAUCUGGUUGGCAAAGGUAGUAAGAAGGGUGUGUGUACCGCUGAGAUGAACAGCAUCACCAUGAGCCAGACCUUCCCCCAUUUGGGCAUUCAGUGUGUGAAAAAGAAGGACGUCGAGGAGUCACUCCGAUUGCGACAGAGCAUUCAAGUGGACCCGUUCAAAACCGGGUACGGUCAUAUCAAGCAACCAUCGUCCAUCGAUUUCAAUGCGAUUCGCAUUUGUUUCCAAGUUUUUCUGGAGGGACAGCAAUCCGGACGGUUCACGGAACCCUUACAACCGGUUGUAUCGGAGGUCAUCUACGACAAAAAAGCAACGGCCGAUUUGAUGAUUUGUGACCUGAGCGACGACGUGGCACCCAUUGGUGGUGGAAAGGAGAUAACACUGCUCUGCGAGAAGGUCACCAAGGAGGAUAUCAGCGUUAGGUUCUACGAGGAGCAGCAGGGAGAAGUUGUGUGGGAAGGCGUUGGAGAAUUCCAGCAUAAACACGUCCACAAACAGGUGGCUAUCAGCUUCAAAACGCCACAAUAUCGGACACUGCAGUUAGAACAACCUGUCAUGAUUUACAUUCAAUUGAGGAGACCUUCGGAUGGUGCUACAAGCGAUCCAUUACCAUUCAAGCUUAUCCCAUAUGACAUAUACGAUUUGAGUCAGAAAUACAAACGUCAAAAACUCGAUAAUUGGGAGUUUACGGAAGUGGCAGACUACCAAAGGCACCAGUUACUAAGCGCACCAGCCGAAAAUGACAACGUUGAAGGGAAUAUUUUUCCUCCCUAUCAGUACCAUGAUUUCGCGGGAACAUACCGCAAUCCACAUGAUGUUACCUCUCCAGCUGAUCAUUCCUUUAUGACUGCCAACGGUGGUGCGGCACCAUUGAACAAUGUAUUUCAUAAUGCAAUGGACAAUGACUUCCAAAUGGGACCCCAGAACGGAUAUGCUAGCCAUGGUACUAACUUGGGUAAUCUAGGGAAUGGAGGAUUUUCCAUGACCGCAGCUCCCCAGAUCGGUCCCGCAGAAAUGCAAAUAAACGCCAAAAAUAUCGGCACGAACAAAUACAAUUUGUGCAACUUGCUGGAUCUUGACAUCACCAAUAAUUUCAACAUGAACUCAUCCGAGAUCAAAUCAAUCAUGAAACAACUGUCGGACAUUAAGCAGGAGCCGGGACAACAGGACGAAGAGAAUCUCUCGAAUAGCUUCUCGAAGUUAACAUGUUAAACAACGUAGUCUGAAAAGGCACAGAAGAAACGAAGUCUUUUAAAGCAAAAUACUGUCACUUAAUUUUCAUUUUAGAUCGCGAAACUGUUUUUAGCAUUUGGUCUACAAAGGAAGUAAACUUUAUCUUGAGCUGCCUUAUUUUUCUGCCACUUCCGGGUUAGCUGUCAAUGAUCAGAUGUUCUCCAAACCGUUUAUGGACAUGGAUGUAAUCCAUGUAAUCCAUAUUUUAUCCAAUUAAGACAAACUAAAUCCGAGCUCUUAACCCGGAUAUCUCAAAUCCAAGGAUCGGAACAGGACUCACAUGUAGGCCAACAUAAUAUAAACUGGGGUUUCAGUUUCAAAUAUUCUAUUCUCGAAAAGCUGUGCCCGGACCGCUUGCUGCUGGUAGCUGCGUUAGAAGGCAAUUUGUUUUUGCCAAUUUUACACUCUGCGGUUUUUUUUUGUCAUGUCGACAGGUGAAGUGAAUUGCAAAGGGGGCGGGGAAAUGGACUGCAAAGAAUAUUUGAGAA